GGCCUGACAGCCCCAUGCAGGCGCGGCCGGACCUCGGCCCGGGCCCGGCCAGGAGCCCCGAAGCCCCUGCCCCUGCCCCUGGCCCGGACACGCACCCCUGCCUGGACAGCGAGGCGGAGCGGAUCCAGCUGCGCCCCGCCCGGCCCGCCGUGGGCGCCAUGGAGGGCGGGAUGCAGCUGCUGAGCCGGGACGGGCACAGCGUCUCUCACAGCGCCAAACGGCACUACCACGACGCCUUCGUGUGCAUGAGCCGCAUGCGGCAGCGCGGGCAGCUGUGCGACAUCGUGCUGCACGUGGCCACCAAGGAGAUCAAGGCCCACAAGGUGGUGUUGGCCUCCUGCAGCCCCUACUUCCACGCCAUGUUCACAAACGAGAUGAGCGAGAGCCGCCAGACCCACGUCACCCUGCAUGACAUCGACCCCCAGGCCCUGGAGCAGCUGGUGCAGUACGCGUACACGGCCGAGAUCGUCGUGGGUGAAGGCAACGUGCAGACGCUGCUCCCGGCUGCCAGCCUCCUGCAGCUGAACGGGGUGCGCGACGCCUGUUGCAAAUUCCUGCUGAGCCAGCUGGACCCCUCCAACUGCCUGGGGAUCCGCAGCUUUGCCGACACCCACUCCUGCGGCGAGCUGCUCAAGGCUGCGCACAAGUACGUGCUGCAGCACUUCGUGGACGUGGCCAAGACCGAGGAGUUCAUGCUGCUGCCACUCAAGCAGGUGCUGGACCUCAUCUCCAGCGACAGCCUCAACGUGCCAUCUGAAGAGGAGGUGUACCGGGCGGCCCUAAGCUGGGUCCGGCACGACGUGGACGGUCGGAGGCAACACGUGCCGCGGCUGAUGAAGUGCGUACGGCUGCCGCUGCUGAGCCGGGACUUCCUGCUGAGCCACGUGGACAGCGAGGCGCUGGUGCGGCACCACUCGGAUUGCAAGGACCUCCUCAUCGAGGCCCUCAAGUUCCACCUGCUGCCGGAGCAGCGCGGGGUCCUGGGGAACAGCCGCACCCGGCCGCGCCGCUGCGAGGGAGCCAGCCCCGUGCUCUUCGCAGUGGGUGGUGGAAGCCUGUUCGCCAUCCACGGGGACUGUGAGGCGUAUGACACACGGACUGACCGCUGGCACAUGGUGGCCUCCAUGUCCACCCGCCGGGCCCGUGUAGGCGUCGCUGCCAUAGGGAACAAGCUCUACGCCGUGGGCGGGUACGACGGGACGUCUGACCUGGCCACAGUCGAGUGCUAUGAUCCAGUCACCAACUCUUGGCAGCCCGAGGUGGCCAUGGGCACGAGGCGCAGCUGCCUAGGGGUGGCAGCUCUCCACGGGCUGCUCUACGCCGCCGGGGGCUACGAUGGAGCCUCCUGUCUCAACAGCGCUGAGCGGUACGACCCCCUGACAGGCACUUGGACAUCCAUCGCUGCCAUGAGCACCAGGAGAAGAUACGUCCGUGUGGCCACACUGGAUGGGAACCUGUACGCAGUCGGAGGCUAUGACAGCUCUUCCCACCUGGCCACCGUAGAGAAAUAUGAACCCCAGGGAAACACAUGGGCACCCAUCGCCAAUAUGCUGAGCCGCCGCAGCAGCGCUGGCGUGGCAGUCCUGGAGGGAGCACUCUACGUGGCUGGGGGCAAUGACGGGACCAGCUGCCUCAACUCCGUGGAGCGCUACAGCCCCAAGGCUAACACCUGGGAGAGCGUGGCCCCCAUGAACAUCCGCAGGAGCACCCACGACCUGGUGGCCAUGGAUGGAUGGCUGUACGCCGUGGGCGGGAACGACGGGAGCUCCAGCCUCAACUCCAUUGAGAAGUACAACCCGCGGACCAACAAAUGGGCAGCCGCUUCCUGCAUGUUCACCCGGCGCAGCAGUGUUGGGGUGGCCGUGCUCGAGCUGCUCAACUUCCCGCCCCCAUCCUCCCCCACCCUCUCCGUCUCCUCGACCAGCCUUUGACCCAGGAGCCCGGCGCCACCGCCGGCCAGAUCCCCAGGCCAGCCACUCCCUGUAGGGGGGCAGAGGCGCCACCCCCACUAACCCACCUAUCCCCUGCCUCUGGGUAGGGAGCUGGGGACGGCACUGGGACCCCGGCCUCCUCCCCUUCCCCAGAUCCCCCUGGCCCCGACCACCACCAUGCUGCUUCCAUGACCCACCCCGGGCCCUGCUCUGCAAUGACCUAGGCAGGAGAGACCGCCCCCCUCCCAAAACACCCUUCUCCCCUCGGUCCUAAGAAAGAGGGCCGUCCAAGGUCGGCAUCCGGGGUCAGCACCAGCUCCUUAAGCCUUAACCGUCACCCCCUAGGAGGACAGGACAGAGCCCACCCCCCACCCGGGUUACAGGACCAGUUGGUCAGUGCCCUAGUCAAACCAUGGACUUGGGGUCCCCAGGCCCAUGGAGGGGAUGCACCUCUCUCCAACCUGCAGGACUCUGAAGAGGCCCAUUCACCUGCGGCCUUGCUCUAGGGGAGGGGAAGCAGGAAUGUGGGGGCUAACAUCCCAGCUCCAGGUCUUCGGGAGGUGACAUGUGUCUGUCCCGCAUUGGUCUGUCCACUGGUUUAUUUGUGUUACCUUAUAGUGUGUCCCUCCACAGACUGACACUAGACAUGUCAACCCUCCCACUUCCUUCCUUCCCCUCACCCGCUGUCCGGUGGAUCGGUGAGUAAUUGGGAGGGGGGCUGCGUCGUGUGAGGGUCAGACAGACCCACCCCCACCCCGGGGUGGGGGCGGGAAUGUGAUAUGAGGGAGAGGCAGCAGGGACGGGGCCUGAACUCCACAGCAAAGAACCAUCCAAUUGCAGAACUGAGGGUUGGGUGCUGCCCCCUCUUUCCCAGCUCCUCCACUGGGGGUGGGGGUGGG